AUGUUACGGGCAUGUUUGGGGUUGAAUUACCAUGGUAGAAUGGAGGAGCUGCCAGGGGCGUUUGGAAGCAGCGCCAGUUUGGCUCUCCGAUUGGGUCAAACCGUGUUCUCCACCGCUUCUCUUCUGUUCAUGUGUUUGGAUGUUGAUUUCUACGGUUACACGGCUUUCUGCUAUUUGGUGACAGUCAUGGGUUUGGUAAUUCCCUGGAGCAUCACACUGUUGGUGGUGGAUGCAUACUCUGUGUUUAUAAAAUGUUUACCUCUCCAACGAAGACUAGUAAUGAUAGUCUUUUUGGGGGACAUGAUUUUGUCAUAUCUGUCAUUAGCUGCAGCAUGUUCAACAGCCAGUGUCACAGAUCUCCUGCUCGAUGCCGAUCGAUCGUAUUGCCCAGCAAAGUUAUGUGGUAGAUAUCAACUAUCUGCUGCUAUGGCCUUCUUGUCUUGGUUUCUUUCAUCAGCAUCGUGUCUCUUUAACUUCUGGCUUUUCCCUUCUUUACAUUCUAACUGUCCUAUUGGAUCAAAUGGGCACCAUGCCCUAUAUCUUGGAGAUUUUGGAGCAGAGGCGAUGGAGUGA